AUGAUUGCUAUGGAAAUUGAAAAUCUGUGUGAUGCUCGUUGCCUCCAUGCCAAUCGUCGUCUCUACUUCAUCGUCGGGACUUCGCCUGGUGAUCACAUCACGGAAGCGCUUUUGAUAUUCGUUUUCUUCCUUCUUCGUGAAUUGCACGUACGCGAGCUUUGAAUAGAGCAAAGUAUAGAGAUUCCGAAACAUGUUCUUCGGGGCGAAGACAAAGUAUCGUCAACGUAGUAAAGUCAAAUGAUAAGCUCCUGCUAGAUAAAAAUGGUCUUUUGCGGUCCUAGUAAGGUCAGCUCUGCCACAAAUUGGAGACUGAAAAGCUGCUGGCGUGCUCAAAGGUUUCGCUAGCAGAGGUAAAGCGUGUUUUCUGCCAAGAUGCGAACGACCCCAUAAGGUGCUCAAUUUUGAUAGAGGGUUGAAUUUCAUCGCACGUUUCUUCAAGUUCCUUCAUUCAUGCGAAAAUUCAGUGGGAUAGAUAGGAACAAUGGCGUUACGUGGGAGGAUACCUUGACUUCAUCACAUGAAUGACCAACCCAAACAAUGCCGAUCAUUUCGCAAUGAUAAAAGUGAUGCGCACUUACUUAUUUCUUCUUUUUUGAAGAGAUGGACACACACUGGACCUGCGCCACUUCUUCGUGCUUCAUGUGCUGUUUCCUCAAGCUUUAUAUUUGCAGUCUGCCUUUUUAAUUCUUUUUCCAAAUCCUUUAAUUCUGACUGGUCAAAGACGCGCUUCGUAAAGGCCGAGGACGUCAAGGUUAGCACACGCCGAGGUAUUGAAGCAUGGAAAAUGGCUCCUGGCUAAGACAGAUAUGGAUACCGUCGUUAUCUCGUCACAGUGCUCACUCAUACGGAAGGAAAGAAGCGUUAAGCAGGCAUAGAGGUGUAAUGUGAAGUGAUGGAAACUAGAGAUACGUGUAAUAAUUGCUAAGUGCAUAAACGGGAUGAGCAAGUGCAAAGAAGUGACCUGUCUGGAUGAUAAUGCGACACUGGCAUGCUCGGUUAACAAUCAACUUAGUACUCAGCGCUUUAGGCAACUAGGAAUACGGGCCGAGGGCGGUGCCGACGUAGAAAGAGAGAGAGAGAGAGAGAGAGAUGUAGGCUUUACGGCGAGUUGUGGAAAGGUGAUCGUAGUAGAAAGAGGGGAGAACAUUGGUCGUUUCCCCGACGCUUAGUUUCACCAUCACUAUCCUAGGUCAAAACAAAUCGUAGGGCGUUACAAUUACAAUUGGGUCCUGUACAUGAACUCAUUCGUGCUGAAUGAUCGUGUGGCAUCCUAAAAUACAAGAUCUCCGACACAUUUAACACAAUCUGCUCUUGUGCACCGACUGUCCGUCUCUUCUAUUUAAUAAUAAAUAUUGGAAAAUUAGCCGUACACUUUUAAUUAGGUCAUUCCUAGCCACACAAUUAAAGAAGAUGGUGAGUACCUCUUGUAUCUUUACACUUUCAGUGUGCUGACUUUUAUUUCUCAAACAUUGAAGUUUGCGACAAAGGCGAUCUGCUUAACGAGGUAGUUGAUCGAAAGGCGCGCAGGAAAGACGUCAGGCGUAAUCGCAAACUGGAGAAGUACGGAAUUUUUACCGGCAAUGAUUCUGUCAAAACUCUUAAGAAAGCCCGGGCCUUCGAACAGCAGUUGGAAACCAUUCAGAAAGAGGAUCCUGAGAAAGCAGUGUCUGUCAAUCAACGCAGAUCAUGGCUUCUUGCCAGACUUAAGGCUCAAGGUAUUUUAUAAGUAUUUAUGAAGUCUCGCUGCGAAGGUGUGA